CUACAUGCCAAAUCACCUUCGCCGAAACAUCCUUCAUCGCUCGACGAAACAUGGCCAGUUCAAAUAGAUCAGAUGGCAGUUGUCUUUCGGCUUUAGGUUUCUGUUUAAGGAAACGAGGCCAACUGCGCCGAGGGACUACCAAGUCUCCAGUCCCAGCGGCCGUUCUAGCUUCUCAGGCAGAAUGUCACAGUCAGCCAUCGAGCCAGACGCCGGAAGCUGGUCAGAAGCCUGCUUUGACAAUGCCCCAAGCAAAUGAUCCUGUUUCGCCAGCAGCAAAAUCACCUGUGCCAUCAUCUGCACCAGAUACAGACAACGCUCCUUCUUCAAUCCCCACCUCUGAAGAACAGACUUCCGCAACAGACAGCUCUGCGACAAUGCUUAGCUUAUGGCAGGAAGCGUACGCCAGCGUUGACCAGAAGACCCGAGACUGGCUUGACAGCAUUCCACCAGUCACUGACGCUACCGAUCCGAUCCCGAGUUGGUGAGUUUGGUUCGCUCUAGCGAGGAGAAGCAUAAAGACGAGGCUUUGAAACUAAAGGUCGGCAACCGUGAAAUUUUGUGGAGGGAUUAUGCGAACAGGGUCGUCUCUGUCAUAACUGCAAUCGGGGAUAUUGCCAUCAAUUUUGCCCCGGCACCUUCUUUGAUGACAUGGUCAGCAGUCAGAGUUCUUUUGAAGACCAAUGUCUCUGAGCGCCAAGACCUUGUGGCCAUCAUGGGUUGCACAGACAUGAUUCUCUGUCUCCUCAGGCGUGGUAGAGUGUAUGAGGAGAUUUACAUCGGCGAGCUGCCUAGACCAGCGACACAACAGGAUCUAAAGGAAAAGCUAGUCGAGGUAUAUACAACCUGUCUAGAGUUCCUUUCCUUCGUCAACGAAGAAUUGAAGAACAAGAAUUUGAGCAGAUUCUUAGACGCACUCCUGGACCCCGGGCAGGGUGAACAACGAGUGUCUGCAAUCAAGGCUCUUGAAAAGGAUCUAGAGCUCGCCGCACAUGUUUGCGAGGCUCAAGUGAGCGAAAAACAUCGAAAACUGCUUCAAAGUCUCGAGGGUCCACUGAAACGUGUUGAUGACAACGUUGCGGCGGUUCUCGAGAAACUCAAAAAACGAGACAGGGAAGAAGCGAUGGGAAGAAUCAGUACUGUCCCUGUAGGAGUCCACCACCUCGAGAAGCGCGAAAAAAGAACUGAAGGGACAUGCGAAUGGUUAAUCAGCAAUGCCAAGUUUCGCGACUGGGAAAACUUGGCUUGCUCGUCGGUCUUCUGGCUACAGGGCAACAUCGGCACCGGGAAGUCGUUCCUUUCGUCAAAAGUCAUUGACCGUUAUUGGGUCCACGACGGGAUCGCCAGCCAAUCGCCUAGUCUGCACGAUGAAGGAUUCGCCUUCUUCUACUGCAAUGGCUCUGACUCAACCAGGAAGAGUUAUGACUCCAUUGUCCGGAGCUACGUGCGACAGCUCAGUGAGAUACCCAACUACUCGGACAGCGUCCACAGAGCUGCCUAUUGUCUAGCCCAGGCAAAGAGCAGGAUACAGGAUGCCAUAAGUAUCAGGCAAUGCGAGAGUGCCUUGAUUGAGAUCAUCAACAGUUAUCCCCGGACUGCUUUGAUACUCGAUGCUUUGGAUGAGUGUGACAGUAUGACAAAAAAGCAGCUUGUCCGCCUUUUCACAGACCUCAUCCAAAAGAGCAACCGACUUUUGAAGAUAUUUGUCGCCAGCCGUCCAGAGUUCGAAACUGAAGGCUGCUUGAAGUUACAGACUCCGCAGACCCUGAUUCAAAUCAGCACUACUGACAACAUCGGCGAUAUUGAAAGAUUCGUGACGGCAGAGGCCAAAAACUGGAAGAACGCUUCUGUCGAAACGAAAGAGCUUGUCAAAGUUACUCUCGUGGAAAGGAGUAACGGAAUGUUCAGAUGGACAUACCUGCAAAUGGAGCAGCUCAAGAAAUUCAAGACUCAAAAUGACAUACGCAAAAGACUCGGACAGCUUCCUAAUACACUCUCAGAGGCGUACGACGAAAUCUAUGAUAAAUCGAAGGAAGCAGAUUCCGAACGAUUCAUACUGCAGCGGACUGUGAGAUGGGCCAUGUGCGUUAAUGGGCCAUUGGAAAGCUCUUUCUUGCUUCCAGCUAUCAAACUCGAGAGCGAAACAAUAGGAAAAGAGGUAUGCUUGGAGGAUUCUGAUCUCACCGAAGAAAAGGUGGAGGUUAUCUGUAGACACCUAGUGGUGAAAGACACCCUUGGUAUUUGGAAAUUCUCACAUGCAUCCGUCUCCGAAUAUUUUGGGACAAAACAGGAGCCUUGGGUUGAGCAUGCCAAAGCGGAAGUAGCGUCUUUCCUGAUCAAUCGCUUGAUCGAUUGCUGCUCAGCCUUCGGCACGGUCUGGCCCGUACUAGAGCAUAUGUGGCUUCGUGAAUGGCAGGAAAUGAGUCUCUACAACUUGGAAACCUGGUUCCAGGCAAGGCCGCGGGGCCACGUUCAUACCUCCGAUCCACAUCAUCCGCUUCAACUAUACAGUCAACUCAAUUGGUUGGACUGUGUCCACGGCAUCUCGAGUCAAGAUGCAAAGGCUUCGGUCGUAACUCAAUCUCUGAAAAGAUUUCUGGGUGAAAAGGGCCCCCAACAAUCCUCGGAAGAGUAUCAAAUAUUUUGUCGCUACGUCGUUCCCAUGCUCGGAAGCUUGGGUGGCGUGUGUCGUGAGAGACGUAACAUGGCCUACGUUCAUGUGUCUCCUGACAUCAUGCCGCCGACGAAUCCCAUUUUGGGUAUUGUUACAUUUGGCCUUCAUCAUUUGUUGGCUGGCUGGUGGGACCAAGAUGUUGACCUUGUACCAAUGCUCAACGAAAAUGGCUCAGACUUACUGACAAUUGCCCUUCGUCACGGUCACAUGGACCUCUUCAAUGACCUUCUCAGUCGGAAGGAGUGGCAGUUCAACAUGAACGGAGAUACCGAGCGCCCUUACCAAUCCGCAUUGCGCGAAGCCAUCAAGAGGGGAGACUUUGGCAUCGUUAACCUGCUUCUGGGAAAAGGCGUAAGCCCUGAUGGCAUCAUCGAUGGUCAAAGCCAUCUUUGUCUGGCAGUGCAGAAGGGGAGAGAUUAUUACACUCUUUCGCUGGAGAACGGCGCCGAUCCCAACAUUAGAUGCGAUCUAGUCGAUGCUCUUCACAGCCGUUAUUGUGGAUCUGCCUUAUCGACAGCUGCUCAGAACCGCGACUGCGACGCAAUGAAAGCUCUCGUGAGGAAGGGAGCAGAUGUGAACAUAGAAACAUCGAGAGAUGAGUGGGGAUCUCCGCUGGCAGCUGCUGCAGCUACUAAAAGUCUUGAGUGUGUCCGUUUUCUGGUAGAAAAUGGAGCAAGAGUCAACUCUCAACUAAGAUAUGGAGUCUUUGGUAGUCCACUGAUUGCUGCCCUAUGGGGAGGCACCAUGGAAGAUGAACUCAACUGUGUCCGCUUCCUUGUAGAGCAGGGUGCGGACGUCAACAUGAACCCAAGGUUCGGCAUAUUCGGUAGUCCUCUAGCAGCGGCUAUAUCAUCGGGAAAAAUUGGCAAUGCUCGCUUUCUCAUUGAGCAAGGCGCUGAUGUCAAUGCCUAUCUCGAGAAUGGGCAAUAUGGAAGCGUCCUAGCUGCUGCGAUUCUGGGACCAAGUUUCAAUCUCGACGUGAUCAAGUUCCUUGCCGAACAAAGAGUGGACCAACUUUUUGUCUCCGGCGGAAGAGAUCCAGGCGUACUUGUGCCGCUUGUGUGA